AUGGCCCCUGGCUGGGUUGUCUUGUUUCUGUUAGUGGGAGUCUGUGGGGCGCUAGAAAACCUGCAGACCUGCAAUUCAUCGCAAAGAUGCAUGAAGGACAUCAACACGUUCCUCUGGGAGAUUAACCAAGACAAACCAAAGGAAUAUGCUGUUCUCAUGUACGAUGCAUUUGGAAAAAUGGGCAGCAAUGUUGAAGGAGGCAACGUCAACCAGCCCGGUCUGCUGCAGCAGUGCCGCUCCGCCGUCGGUCCCGGCUUCUCUGGACAGUACUGCCAGGUGUUCCUGAAGCAGGGGGCACUCCAUUAUUUUGUGGGUGUUUGCGUUCCUGACUCCUGUGGGGAAGAGGAUGUAAAAACACUGGUAUUGGACGGCAGACUUCAGUUUCAUUCGAUGUCCCUCGUUCCUCCUUUACCUUCCAUCCUGAGCAACACGUCCGCUCAGGAGAUGAUCAUGUCUCACUGUUUGCCCGACGCACCUGAGCCUGAAACAUCUGGUGUUGCCUGCAUGUUUGUGUGUUGCGUGAUGCUAGCCGUCCCUCUUGCAGCCACCCUUUUCACAGCCGUAACAAGAUCAGAAUGGAGCAGAACGGAUCCUACAGCUGAGUUUCCUCCUUUAAACAGUGGCCUUAACUUCUAUGGCACUCCCAGGAUCAACGGCCUGUCCAGCAGCGAAAGAAAAGGCAGCACAUCAGAAGAAAACAACCGCCUCAGCUCUGCUCGGUGGUGUAUUUCUCAACGCUCUGUGCACGAAUGCCUUCAGGCGUUCUCGCUACAGCGUACCUGCAGGAGGGUCUUCGGCUCCUCAUCCUCGAUCCCACCUAGAAGCUACUCUUCGCUCAAUGGCAUACGUGUCCUCAGCCUGCUGUGGAUCAUCUGUGGCCACUCCACACAGUUCCUCGUCAUUAGCAACCUGGAUAACUACAAAACUUGGAGACAAACAGUUGAAAACAGUCCAGUAUAUAUAUUUACCAUCAGUGGGCCUGUUUUCCUCGCUGUGGACUCCUUCUUAUUACUGGGGGGUCUGCUCAGUGCCAGGUCUCUGCUGAAGUCUAUCGACAAGGCUGAAGACAAACUGACCCUCGGUCUGGUUGCAAACUAUCUCUUCAAGAGGAUUAAAAGGAUUCAGCCUUUGCAUCUGUUCACUAUGUGUCUAACUAUCAGCCUCAUCUCUUUGCUCCAAUGGGGCCCCUACUGGUUCCCAUCUAUGGCUUCAAUGAUGGAUUGUAAAACGUAUUGGUGGGCUAACCUGCUGCUGAUCAGCAAUCUUCUCCCAGUCCAUGAGAUAUGCGUUCCUUGGACUUGGUACUUGUCUUUAGACUUCCAGUGUUACGCCACCACUCCUCUGUUGGUCUAUUUUUAUAGACUCAAAAGGAAUGUGUUUGCAGUUGUAGUGGGAGGCCUUCUGCUGAUGUCCACGGUGGCCAGUGCUGUCACUACUGCACACCUCCACCUGCCAGUCUUCCAGCCGUCUACAAUGACAUCAGAAAACUAUGUUUUGUAUUACUAUGUGAAACCCUACACGAGAUAUGGACCAUUUCUAAUAGGGAUAUUGACAGGAAUUUACCUGUCAGCAAAGAAAGAUCAGCUGUUAAAGCACAAGUGGCAGGCAGCACUUGGUUGGUUCUGCUGUUUGUCACUGAUGGCCUCACUGGUUGGAUUUGCCUACCUCCUAAAGGAGACCCCCACCUACCCAUCACUGCCUCGCGCUGUGUAUCAGGGGCUCCACAGGCCGGUCUGGGCCCUGACUGUCACUUGGAUCAUACUGGCCUGUGAGGACGGCUACGGAGGUUUUAUCAAUAAGUUUUUAUCCUUUAGUUUCUGGGUUCCUGUUUCCAACAUUAGCUUUGCCUGCUACCUAAUACAUCCUGUCUUCAUCAUCCUCUACAACGGCCUGCAGGAGACCCCGAUCCACUACACUGACAUCAACUUUAUGUACCUGUUCCUCGGCCACCUGGUGCUGACACUGGUGGUGAGCUGUGCUCUCACGGUGUUGGUGGAGAAGCCCUUCCUUUUCCUGAAACGAAGCAGCAAGUAG